AUGUGGUUUGACUAUUUCUGUAUGUCUCCAUCUAUUGAUGAGGGUCUUACUCUUUUAGUAUAAAUAGUACCGUUAACUUCCAAUUAACUAGUUUUGACAACAUUCAAAAAAGAGUAAUAAACUUCGCCUUAAUUUUAAUAAUCAACACCCUCCUAGCCUUACUACUAAUAAUUAUUACAUUUUGACUACCACAACUCAACGGCUACAUAGAAAAAUCCACCCCUUACGAGUGCGGCUUCGACCCUAUAUCCCCCGCCCGCGUCCCUUUCUCCAUAAAAUUCUUCUUAGUAGCUAUUACCUUCUUAUUAUUUGA